CCCACCCCAAACCCCUCCCCCUCUCCCCUCCAGCCUGAUCACACUAAGGAAUGAUGAAAAAAAAUAAUUCUGCAAAAAGGGGGCCACAGGAUGGAAACCAGCAAUCCAUGCAGCCAGAGAAGGUCGGCUGGGUUCGGAAAUUUUGCGGGAAAGGCAUUUUUAGGGAAAUCUGGAAAAACCGUUAUGUGGUUUUGAAGGGAGAUCAGCUUUAUAUCUCAGAGAAAGAGGUCAAAGAUGAAAAAAACAUCCAGGAAGUGUUUGACCUGAGUGAUUAUGAGAAAUGCGAAGAGCUCAGGAAGUCCAAAAGCAGAAGCAAAAAGAACCACAGCAAAUUCACGCUAGCACACUCCAAACAGCCUGGAAACACGGCACCAAAUCUGAUCUUCCUGGCCGUCAGUCCGGAGGAGAAAGAGUCCUGGAUCAACGCCCUCAACUCCGCCAUCACCCGAGCCAAAAACCGCAUCUUAGAUGAGGUGACUGUUGAGGAGGACAGCUACCUCGCCCAUCCGACCCGCGACAGAGCGAAAAUCCAGCACUCCAGACGGCCUCCGACACGGGGACACUUGAUGGCUGUGGCAUCUACCUCAACAUCGGAUGGCAUGCUGACACUGGACCUCAUCCAAGAGGAAGACGCCUCUCCCGAGGACCACGGGACCUGUGAAGAGAGUUUCCGGGUAGAUCUGGAUAAGUCCGUGGCGCACCUCGCUGCCGGACGGCGCCGGUCAGAUUCGGAGAACAUCAAGUCCUCGGAGAAAGGCCGGUCAGUGAGCCUGCCGAGACGGGAGGCGAUCUCGUGGGACAAAACUGGGAAACGCAAUGAUGCCUUUGAGAAAGGGACCAUGUACACCCCGCAGGUCCCCAAAAAGCUCUCGCACUCGGAAAAGAACAAAUGUGCCUCCAUGGAGGAGAUUUUGUCUCGCCGGGACUCUUCUGCGCACCGGGCAGUGCUGAGGAAGGGGCUGGAGGCUCAGUUUGCUUCGGGGGAGCCCGAGCAGCUGGCCCGGAUACAGGAACUGGUUGCACUGAAACUGGAAAAAACUCAGGAACUGCUGGCGGAGGUGAAGGGCUAUGGGGAAGGGAAGCGAAAGACAAAAGAUUUCGCCGCUGCUGCCACCACCACCUCUUCCUCUUCCAAGUCGGACUCUGAAAGCAUCUUGCAGGAGACGCAGAGGUUGCUGGGCGAGGCCUCCUCCACCUGGAGCCAGGCCAAGAAGGUGUUACAGGAGAUUAAAGAGCUAAGGGACCUGUACAAACAGUUAGAACUGCAGCCGUCGGACCCUAAACCCAAACAGAUCUCACAGUCUCAGUACAGGAAGAGCAUGAUGUGAAGGCACGCUUCAGGGUGGGGCGGUGGUGAUUUCUUUUUAUUAUUAUUUACAGUGUUCGAAACAGUACAACGUGCCUGUUCUCAUCAAAACUUGCUCCUCACGCUUGACCCCUUCCCCUCCCCAGGUCUUCCCCUGUCCCCAGAUGAAACAAAAGGUGUUCCAAUAAAUCAGUUUGGAUUCCUAUUUUUUUUCAAAGUAUCCUUUCUCUGCGUUCUUGGGCUGCUCGUGUCAUGCUUGCAGGAUGGAAGAUCACCAAGACCUGGAAAGCUCCCGGCAUACUUGUGGAGACAUACGCACAGCAGCCGGGGUAGAUAUUCUCCCUCUAUAGAAGCCCUGGGUUUGCUGCUCUGAACCCAGAGCUGCGGUUCUGUGUCCAGCGUUACAGCUCCUUGAUCAAGAGCGUUGGCAACUUAGUUUAUGUUUUUCCUCCUCUUUAAAAAAGAGUCAGCACGUGGAGGUCCCCGUUAUCCAAAAACUGUUUGGAAGAUGCUUGCCAGUGACAUCCAAGCCAGGGUUGGAAUUCCGCUGUCAGAACGAGGAGAUUCACGGCCUGGAAUGCAGUCUGACGUGUCAUGAGAGGCAUCGGGCGCUCCUUCCUGGACUGCAGUUAACAGGGCUCUUCCCUGGCGUUCCUGCACUGAUCCCAAACCCUCUUUUGCAAACUCCUGUGGCAGGCAGCUGUUAAUACAUGUGGUACAAAUACAGCCCUCCCUACGGAGGCAACAGGUAUGCAAUCUGUGUUAAAACUAACCCUGUCUGUAGGCUGACAGCUGAUGCUUCGGAGACACCCCCUGGCCCAGUGCAAUGAGAUUUAGCAACCACAAUGUCUUCCUUCUUGUGCAGAUGAUCAAAGCCUGGAGUCCAACGGGCAGUCAUUAUUUGUUUUUCAUUGUUCUUUCCUUCAUUUAGGCUGGAGUGAAAUGGAAAGUCAGGGUUUGGCACAGAGGGCAACAGAAAAGCUGAGAAUUGCAGUUGGUUUAAUGGGCCUGAUUCUGCUCUCGCUCACACUCCGUUUACACAAUCGAUCCUCACACCAUUGUCUCUUAGCUGACACCGAUGUGAGGUCAGUAUCAGGCCCACUGAAACUCAAACGGAUCCCAAAUUAGAGCUCAGAUAUCCUCGCCUGGCUGAUGUCUAGCACUUUUCUAAAUAGGUGGCUCAGCUUUCAUGUACUUAAGCAGCAGGACAAGAGGGAAAUAUGCGAAGAUUUCUCUCAGGGCUUAAAGUACACUGGCAAAUUAACAUCAGUUGUUUUUUCCAAGAAAUCUAAUUUCCUUGCCUAAGUUGCAAAGAACCCCUGAGAAUAUUAAAAACAACUGAGUUUUAAAUGACUAAUUUCCUUUUCACUGUUUACAUUUUGUACCUCUCACAUAUUUGAAAUGAGAGGAGUUAUGUUGACGUCUGUGUCUGGUCAGUUUCACUCAUAUUGCCGGCUAAGGCUGUGAUGUUUGGGUUGCAAAUGCUGCAAGGAAAUGUUGAUCUGUGUUUUUUAAAAACUCCCACCAGUUGAAAUUAAAUAACAUUGGUGGAAAUAUUUCUAUUGGCCUGAGCUUCUUUAACAGCUGGUGGUUGGCAAAGCUUAAAUUUGGGGCCCAAUUUCACCUGACAAUGUCCCUUUAAGUUAUUCAUGACUCUUUUCAAAACCGAUCCUUCAAACGGCAGAAGAAUCUCGGGCUCAUUUCAGUUCUUAUCACAAAGCCACACAGUCAUGCUGUCGUGAUAGAAAUGGGGAGAUUUGGCUUUUACAGAAUUUACAAGAAGUAUCCUUUUCUUGAUUUUUUUUUUAAACAUGUUGGACCAUUCAACGGGUGAAUUUUUACAGUCAGUGGAAUCAGAUUUCAUCUCUUAAAAAAAAAAAAAGGAGAGAUUUAAAAAAAACAAAAACCUGACAUGUAAGCCAUUCUGACAGUGCCCUUCUAUGUCAUCUCUCUUUGAUCCAGAAGGAAACAAGAAAAAAAAACUUCAAAUAGUUUUCAGAUAUAAUGUUAAGCAUUAAAAAUAACCCGGUUCUCAAAAUAGAAAAGCUGUUUUAAAAUCAGAGGUUCUAAUUACACUGGAUUAGCCUGGACAUGUGUCAUGAGUGGGGUUGAGAUUCUAGGCACUGGAAUAAUAUCAAAACACUUGAUUGGGUUAUAUAGUUCUAGCAAGAUGCCCAAAGUCUCAGGUGCAUAUGGGGGGUCACUGAACACACUCGAGAAUCCCACAGUUAUGUAGAACCUUGUUCCUUCAAAAUCUGUCUUGUGCAACCUGCCAAGAUAGUGACAAAAACUGCUUGGUUAACAGGGGUGGUUAUCUGACUAUAGGAAAAACAAAACAGUCCUAGAGACUUUGCAGGUGUCUUGAAUAGUCAUCUAAGACAGGGGUGGAGUUGCCCAUUGGAAGUGGGGCUUGGUGCAAGUUUCACUCUAUGGGAGUAAUUACCCAGGGUUCCAGGCAGGUUUGUACAGUAGUUCUGCUACCUUGAAGCUAGCUUGGACAUAUCUACAAGAAUGGUGGUUACACCCUGUGGCCGCAGUGUAGACAUACUCUGUGUAUUUACGGAGCUAAGGAGUUCCAGCACCUUGGCAGGAGACCACCUGUCAGUUUGGAAGCAGGUGUGUCCUACAAUGAAAACUCACAUGUCACAUAGUUGUUAGAGCUGGGCAAAAUUUUGCAAAAGGUUCUAAGCUUGGGACCAGGUUUUGCCGAGCUUCACCAACCUUCCUGCUAACCUACGGUGGACUUCUGGGCAAACGGGGGCGGGCAGAGUUAUGGUUUGUGGACGGAACCAUUCCGUAUGGAUUUGCCUGGUUUUGACCCCCAAAUUGGGCAGUUGUGGGUUUGGUUCAACCCAAAACUCCCGUGAUACAAACCCAGUGAAGUGAAUUCAAAAAAGAAACCAUCACACUAGUGCCCAUGAAAACCAAACCAGGCAAGUUUCAUACCGCUCUAGCCACUGCAUUUAUGUCUGGACAUCAUGAUUCUACAUCAGCACAGAGUCAUGAUGUGAUGCUGUGAGAUCACGCUCUCCUCAUCAUGCCAUAGUGACAUUGCUCUUACCCCGGAGCAUCCCAAAAGGUAGGGAUACAAAAAUUACCCAAUCAAAAACUGGGAUGAGUGGCGACUCGAAGGAAUUGGAAUCUUCCCCAUCCAAUCAAAUUCCUAAAGUCUCCCCUGCCCAUGACCUCAGAGGGGAUGUUGGGGGUGGGGAGGAAGAGGUAUGGAGGGCCAUCUCCCACUCCUUGCUUCUGCACCUGGGUCAUGAACAUCGCCAUGGUUUUCAUGACUCUUCCGCGCCUUGGGCUCCCCCAAAAUGCCUAUGGCAGCUGCUUCUGAGUGACAUUCUGGCCCCACUGACAUCAGUGAAGCCAGGAUUCCACCUUCUGACUUGAAGCAGAGCUAACUUUACGAUUUUGAGGGUCCCAACAAAGGGGUUAUUUUUGAGGUGCUUAUUCCCCUUCUAUCUCCCAACUCCAUCUCUCCUUCUCCCUCCCUGGUCGAUGAGCCUAGAGAGCACUUGGCUUUUACAAUCCCAUGCUGUGGCACAAAGAGAGGCCCCAAAGCUGGGCAGGCCUGUCCCACUCCUUUGGCCUUUUCUCCACCCAGCAGCGUUGCCAGAGAAUUUGGUAAGGCAGCACGUUUGCAUUAUCAUUUAUUAUUUGUAGAGCAAGCUGGAAAUUUUUCAAUGGAAUGUUUUUCCUUUGGAAACCAAAACUUCCCAUGGGAACAUGUCUAUUUUGAUAAAAUUUUGUUUCAGGGGGGAAAAAGUGAGGGGGAAAACAAGAGUUUUGAUGAGUUCAAAACAUUCUGUUUUGACAUUUUCAGAAUGGAACACGUCAGUAUUUAGUUUUGAAAUUUAUAUUAUAAAAAUGUAAACACAUUUUAAAACGCCAACACUGAAACAAGAGAGACAAGGUGGGUGAGGUUGUAUCUUGUAUUGGUCCAACUUCUGCUGGUGAGAGAGAGAAGCUUUCACGCUUACACAGAGCUCUAAAACAUUUCAAUUGGCCCCAAACCAAAACUUUUUCAGCAAUGUCAUUUUCUGGAAAAUUUUGAAAUUCUUUGGUUUUGUUCUAGUUGGUAACUACGCAAAUUUAGAGAUCACCGAAUUUCCUGCAAAACAGAAAUUCCAGUUCCCACGCAGCUCUAGUCAGGUAUCAGGACUCACUGUGCAAGAUGCGGUACAUUUUUAUUGCUGGUAGGUCUAUUACAGUAGCGCCUAAGAGUCCCAGUCAUGGAUCAAGUCCCAUGGUGCUAGGUGCUGUACAAACACAGAACAGAGAGACAGACCUUGCCCCCAACAUGGGAUAUAAUUCCCCCUCCAUUCACUUUUAAUCUCUUUUAUUUUAUUUUAAAUUUCACCAAAUGUUCCCCAUUUGUCAAUCCCUUUUGUGGGAUUACAGAAAAGCCAAAUACAAGAGAGAGUGGCAUGUGUGGGGAAAACAUGCCAAUCAGUUUAGCACUGCUGUUACGUUCCUUCCCGAGCACAUCUUCCCGAGUUAAAAACAGCAUGAGGAGUUGAGGUGGGGAAGGGAGAUAAUGUGUGGGAGGAAUGUUCGUGAUGACUGGGGGUCUGCGUAGGGAGGAGGUGGGGUAAAGAGACCAAGGGGUGUGAUUUUCCAUUCCGUUGCACUUUGUGCAGUCAUUUGUGUCAGUGCAAAGUGGGUGCAUUUUACACCCAUUAUGCACUGAUACAAUUGACUGAACAAGGGGCAGGGCAAACAGAGAACCCGGCCCCACAUCCUGUGUGUCUUUGAUUCAUCUGAUCUUUCACACCAAGUUGCAAUUUUUGGUUUUAAACCUUCUGUGCAUCAAGAAACAAAAAAUUGAGCUAGUUUCACUGAUGCUCCAUAGUCGGAUCUUUUCAAUCCAGCUGUGCAUGUUGGGAAGCAGCGUGGCCUAGUGGAUAGAGCACUGGACUGGGACUCAGGAGAUCUGCAUCCUACUCCCAGCUCUACUGCUGGGUGAGCUUGGGCAAGUCACUCUCUGCCUCAGUUUCCCCAGCUGUGAAAUGGGGAAAAAGAUACUGAUCUUCUCCGUAAACCACUUGGAGAUCUACUGAUGAAAAGUGCUCCAUAAGAGCUAGAUAUUAUGAUACUAUGACUAGCUACUCUCUGGUUUAUAAGGCAUUGCACACUACUGUGGACCGUUUGUAUUGGUAUUAGGUUUUCUGGUUCUGGAGUGAUUGCAUGGACAUUGUUUUCAUUGUAUAGCUAAGGGACUGUCUGACCAAGGUUGCCAGUGGCAGCUCUGAUGGCCCUCAGAGCAAGCCUGCAUGCUCAUGUCUCUGUUAUACUGUAUCCCAUGCUCUUGAGGUCAAAUUCCAGUCCUGCGCUUCAUGCCACAUCAAUGCCAUGGGCAAAUUGAGGAACCAAGGGCUACACAGAGCAUGGCUGUAGUGAAUGGGUUUGCAACUGAAGGAUUGUAACUCCCAAAAGACAAACCCAACAAUCAUCCAGGGAAGGGAAUCAGUCUCCUGUUCUCACUGAACUGCCACUGAAAUCAGUGCAAACUAUUCUGGGGGUAUGUUGGGAGAAUAGGGGACCUUAUAGUUCCCCCCCCCCACCUUCCUCUGUAGCAUGGUUCGCCUGCAGGGAUCAUCCAUACAUCUCAGCUAAUCAAUUCCCUGCCAUUACAAGAGCUUGGGGUACUGGGGGCACCUUGGCCCCAGUCAUUCUCUGCCUGUGGUGCAGUUUUGUUUCCUGCAGACUGGAAUGUUUUGGUCUAACUAAAAUCUUUGGGAGCAGCACAGGGGUAACUGGGUGAAAUGUGAUAUACAGGAGGUCAGACCAGAUGAUCUAUCUGAUGGUCCCUUCUGGCCUUAAACUCAAGGAGCCUGUGAAACAGCAGGGUGAGGAAAUACGGCUUGACUCCCAUGACCCAAAAUGUUCGGUGAAUAACGCGGUGGCCGCGGUGCCCUGAUUCUCCAUUGCCUGCACCGUGUGUGAUUCACCCCUGUGCCAAGUGGGCAUACAAUGCUACCGAAUCAGAACAACAGCGUUUGCACCCACUUUACACUGGUCUAAAUGGGGUGCAGGAUGAUGGGGGGGGGGAAUCAAGCUUGGGGGCUUCAAAGCUCGUUUUUCACUCAGCGCGGUACGCCCAUCUGUCAGCUCUGCACUCAGCCAGCUGAGACGAGCUCGUGUUUAGCUUGAGCUAAAAAGACAGAGCAGAAGGCUUAGCUUUAAAAUUCCUCUGUGGCUUUAUUUCAUGAAUUCACUUAGUUUCAAAAAUGGGUCCGGAAUCGCCCCCGGCACCGGGCAACCACAUAUCCCUGGCUCCAAUUGCCAGCAAAUUGUCAUUAAGACCGAAAAAAAGGGGUCAUGAAGAAUGGCAGCAUGGAAAACGCUCCAUGAAGGGGUCUUUUAUAGCCUUGCUCCCCACCCACUAAGAUCAAAUCAAGGGGAGAAUAUGCCCAGAAGCCAAUCACUUUUUGUUUUUUUGCAUGCCUCUUACUUAAAUCUUGCUGCUGGCUCCUUGAUUCUCACUGCACCUGCCAAAACCCAGUCACACUGCAAUGAAAUCAUCGCUAUAGAUGGCAGGCACUGCUGCGCCUCCUGGUCUCGGCAGGUGGAGGACACCUCGAAUGGUACAUUCAGGAGCUCAGCAGUCGUGUUCCACCUGCAUGUACCUGGGCAUUCAGCACAGCGGGUGGGUUCUCCCUGAAAAGAGCAAGAUGGCUAGGUAUAGUCAAAGGGUUAAAAAGAAAUGGGUAAUCAAUGUUUUUAUUAAGUUGGAUUUAAAAAACGAGAUCCACUUUGCAUAGAGCCCUUCAUGCCAAGCCUGAGCUGGCUAAAAUGGCAUAGCCCAAGAAGGAGAGCACUUGACAGGAGCACCACCAAACCACAGCAGAUGCCUAUGGCUCCCAUGAGCACAGCAGUGCCGCGACAGCAUGGGCCCUUUGGUUGUCUCGCCAGGGAGUGGAGGCAUCUGGAGGGUUGGUUUGGAACUGGGGAAAAUACAGCCCCUGAAAAAUUUCACACCCUGAGCACUGCACUUAGGUCAACCUCACCCCCAGUGUAAGCAGUUGGGUCGACAGAAGAAUUCUGCCAUCUGGUGAAAUCCAUGUCUUUUUGCGUAUGUUUUAAGAAAGAAUCGCAGACGCUAAGAUUGUUUUUGGCACAAAAUUCAAGACGUCUUGUGCCACUGUCUGUCAUUGGUCCAGUUUUAUGUGGCCCGAUGACUUUCCCAACCUCAUCUGAAGAAGUGAGGUUCUUACCCACGAAAGCUUAUGCUCCCAAUACUUCUGUUAGUCUCAAAGGUGCCACAGGACCCUCUGUUGCUUUUUACAGAUUCAGACUAACAUGGCUACCCCUCUGAUACUUUCCCAACCUCUUCUUUCACUUCUGAUCUGGGCAUUAAAAUCUCCCAUAACCAGGACAAGAUCGUGGUUUGAUAUUUCUUUCAUUACAUCGUUCAAUGCUGCAUAGAACCGCUCUUUGUCCUCUUCAUCUGCAUCGUUUGUUGGAGCCUAUGCCUGGACUAUGGUGCACUUAAUGUGCCGAGAGUGGAAUCUAGCUGCCAGUAGCUUAUCUGAUAUUGGCUGCCAAUUCAUAAGUGAUUUCUUUGCAGCGCUAUUCCUGAUGAUUCCUACACCUCUCUCAUGUUUGGUUCCACCUGAAUAUAACACUGUUUUUUCUCCAGAUGUUAUCAUACCUUGCUCUUUCCAUCUAACUUCACAAAGUCCUAGGAUGUCAAUUUUAUAUCUAUCCAUUUCUUUGAUGACCUGUGCUAAUUUUCCUGCACUAUUCAGAGUUCGUACAUUCCAAGUAGCUAUGGAUGUACUCUUUUUGGCCAUCAGAAUUUGGACCAUCAAGUGGGUGACUUCCCGAUGGAUUUGAGCAUCCACUGUCAUAACACUUUCCAUCCUCCUCAGGCCGUGAUUUUUGGUUUAUGUGGUUUAUGUGAGUAGUUUCUGUAGCUAGAACUUUUUUUUUUACGGUGACGGGAAGCCGCCCCAUCAACCAACUCUCCUCCUUUUUGAUCCAGGUUUCGGAACCUCCUCCUUUUUGAUCUGGGCUUGGGACCGGCACUGGCGGAGUUGUAUUAUAUUAUAUAUAAACAAAAAGUUGUUUCAGUCUGAAAUAUUGAAAUUUUUCAUUCCAAACAUGUCAAAUCAGGAUGUUUUGCUAUUGUCAGAACUUUUUCCCACCCCGUUUUUUCCCCCCAAAACGAAAUUCCAGAAAAAUCAAUUCCAUUUUGCGGGAACCUCCUAUUCCAGUGGAAUAGGGUUCUAUCAGAAUUUGUCUGCCCACCUCUCACGACAAGGAAUAGGCCAUCUGGCUGUUCCUCUGUUUACAUCUCCCCAGCUCUCUGCAGAACUCUAUCUCACAGUUCCCCUUUGCAGUGCGGCAGCUACUAGUCACCAAACCACCCGCUCCCCAGCUACUCUCGUUCUCUGCUCAAAGCUUUAAAAAACAAACCACCAGAGACCACAGUACUCCUCAGCAAUGAAAAUCACCAGACCACGGGGCUUUCCUGUGCAGCGCAGCUGGGAAGAGUGUUAUGGCAGAGCAGUGACUCUCAAGCUCUGUUCUCACUUCGAAAUCUUACCCCCUAGCCUCCAUUCCACCAGCGUGUUUGUCGGGUCAUGAGGGAAGGCAUUAAGUGGGCAAGGCAGUCUUAAACGCUGGGACUGUUGCAUGCAUCUUGUUGCUACUGUCUAAGGGAAUUGGCUUAGUAGCUAGUGGGCUGGACUAGGAGUCUGAAACCUUAGUUCUAUUCCGGGCUCUGCUGCUGCGUGACCUUGGGCCAGUCACGUCACUGCUGUGCCUCCGUUCCUCUCCCCCACCCUGUGCAAAAAGAUCAUUGUAAACCUGACUCUCCUUGGUAAAGCGUGUUGAGAACUGCUGUGAAGAGCUAGGGAUUACUGAUGUAUACGACCGAGAGCCUAGAGGGCCCACCCCAGAUCAGGCCCCCAUUGUGCCUGGUGCUGCUCAGACCCAGGUAGUUCCUGCUCCAAAGAACCCCCCGUGUGAACAGACAAGGGGUGGGAUGGGGAAACUGAGGCACAAAGAGGAGUUUAUACCACCUCUGUUCAGUUGAGGUCUAGAUGGCAUGGAGGUGAAAACACCAGUACAUUAGUGCUGGCACCACCAAUGCUAGAGCAACAGUGGGAGAUUUUUAAAAGGCUAGUGUAGACGAGGCUCUGUUGUGGUUUUGUAUCUAGUGGGUUUCACUGAGUUUAGCAAUAAGCCAGACCUUGUCUAAAACUUGUCCCCCAGGCUGGCUUGAUACUCUGCCCCGAUCUUGCCUGAAACCCAGCCCUGGGCUUGUUCAGAAGGUUUUAACUUCAACAAACCUGACGCAAGUUCAGGGCUCGUAACAAAACCCAGAAUCUGGGAUGUCCUCACCCAGCCAUGCCUGUGGUGCCCUCAGAGAACUGCCUGUCCUUAAACCAGUUCCCUAGGAAUGGUUCCAGUUUGCCUAAAUCUCCUCCUCUGUGCAGUCUAUCCUUUUAUUUCAGAGAAUCGCUCCCUGUAUUUCUUUUUCAGGAAAAUAUUUCUCUCCCCUCCCCCCCCCACACUCCUAAACACUCACAUCCCUCCAAAAAAAUCCCUAUUAAACCCAGUGGAGUACAGAUACAUCCCUAUUUUGGCCUCUCCAAAUGUCUCUGUCUAGUGGGAAUGAACAAACCCAAAUACCCCACAGCCAGUAAACAAGAUGCCAACUUUUCUCCUUCCUCUGCCAGCAGACUGGGCCCCUCUGAUUCUUGCAGGCUCCUAUUCCUAGCAACCUUGGUGGAGGAUUAUUUAUUUAUUUUUGUUUAAUUCUCUCAAUAGUAGGUUGGACACUGCCAGUCCAGGCAGGCGCCAAACCCCUAAGUGAUUAGUUUAGCUUUCUGCUCAUAUGCGCCUCCUCCUCUGCUAAACUGACACUGAAUUUAAAUUUGCAAGCUGGGAAAUAAGCGAUGGUCCCAUUCCCCCUCCCAAUAAACACUGACUGGCUCUCCAGAGGACUGGGAGAUGGUUUGUAGCUGAGCUGUAAGAAACCACAGUGGAACAAAAGGCUGCUGGAGGAACAGAACACAGGGACGAGGAUGAUUAUGAUACAAAUGGGGUGGGGGAGCCACUGGGGGGGUGAGAGAGAAGAGCUUUUGGAGAAGGCAAUAGGACUCUUUAAAAGCAACAAAACGAGAAUACAAAUAAGCACCAGCGCCAGAGGAGAAGCGGGAUAAUCUCUUGCCAGGAGGCACAUGGAUCUCUCCCAAGCUGGGUUGAGAAGGGAAGAGAAAGCGAAGGUGUCAUAGACCAUUUCCGUCAUCGCUGUCGUGGUUAGAGAAACGGAGGGAAACUGAGUGCAGUGGGCAAAGCCAGUGCUGGGCUAAGAGUAUAUUCCAAGCAGUUGAGACACCUGCCCGCAGAUCUAUUAGGGCAGGGCCCAAGGGCUAAGUUUGGUCCCAUUUCAGCAGUCCACCCCUCGUCAGCAAUUCACUCUCAGGUGCUUUGCUGGACAGGGAUGCGCUUAAUCACCUGCUUAAGUGUUUUACUGAACCAGGCCCCUCAAAUGGAGCCUGUAGCUGCCCCUGUCGGAUCCCAGGAAAGCCAGUACAAUGGUGAAUGGCCAGUAGUUCUGUCACAGAGUGUGGGGGCAUCAGGGCCCUGCACUCCCCACUUCCUCCGAUUCACCGUGACUCUCAGCCAGCCAGUAAAACAGAAGGUUUAUUAGAUGACAGGAACACCGUCCAAAACAGAGCUUGUAGGUACAGGCAACAGGACCCCCCUCGGUCAGGUCCAUCUUGGGCGGCAGGGAGCUUAGACCCCAGCCCUGGGGCUCCGUUUCCCCAGCCAGCUCCAAACUGACACUCUCCAGCCCCUCCUCUGGCCUUUUUCUCUUACCCGGGCCAGGAGGCCACCUGAUCUCUUUGUUCUCCAACAUCUUCAGUUGGCAUCUUUGCAGGGGAGGGGCCCAGGCCAUCAUUUGCAGGAGACAGGGUGUCGACCAUUCUUUGUGCAGACUCCUGCACACCCCUGCCCUUUAGGGCUCUGCAACAAUCACACACCCUUAUCCCACCACCUAGAUACUUAAGAAAUGCAGAGGAGAAACUGAGGCACCCACACAGUAUUCAGAGAAAACAUUAAGAACGUUCCCACUUCGUCACAGGUUCUUAUUCCUGCUGAACUCCUCCAAUGAGCCGUUUCUGUUCAUCCGUCAAGUGCGAAUGGUGCUCAGGGCCAUGUGAGUUUUAUUUAUUUGUUACCAAAACAGAGGCAGAUUGAGGUCAUGAGAAUUGCCACCACAGCCCCGGGCACUGCAAACUUCCAGCAGCCCCUCUUACGGGUUGCAAACUCAUGAUCUGGCUUCACCUGGUAAAUAAAGAGACCGAUUCUUUUAGUUACGAUGUAGCAACUGCUCUAAAAGCAAUGGGCUGGAUUCUCAGCUGGUGCACCGCGGGCUUCCAUGCAGCCAUGCCACUUUAUAUCAGCUGGGGAAUCUGGCCCCAGAUUGUUUUAAGAGUGGUGCAUCCAGAUAGAAAACUAUUAGCAUUCUGAGUGUGUGGGGGGAGAGGAACAGACCCCUCCCUGCAAACAUUCCCCUAGUACUGCCACCUAAACUGAGGUUAGAGACGGACCCGCAGCACACAGUGUUUCAUUAGCUGUGAGGGAUGCAGUAGGCAGGCGGAAUUGUAGGUAAGAUCUUUGUUGAGCAUACCACAAGGCCAAUGUUACAUGCAUAAAGGCCAGUGUUUGUCCAGUCGUACUCUGGCCACCUGUUUGAACCACCAAAUAGGGUCCCUCCUGGAACUGGACCCUCUAUCUCCAGUCCCACUCAUCAUAGGCCACACAGAGAAAAUUCUGAUCUAAACUAAGUUUGGGGGGGAUAUAACUGGGUUUCAGUUCCAGGACUUAGGCUCAGCACAUUAUAGAAGCAGAGACCAGUUACAAAGCUUAGAUCCCAUUGGAACUUCUUCACAGUGCAAGAAAACUUGGAUAUUGGGAUUUGAUUCAGACCCAUCUCUAAUAAAAGUACCACCUGAUCUCUCUUUCCUGGGAAUAACUUCCAUUUUUAGAGUGUUCUGUAUUAUAAAGAAGCUUUUUCCUUUUUCACUCUACUGUUAACAGACAAGUGUAUUUUUGUAUAUCCAAUACUUGAAGGAAUCAGAUACCACUUUCCACAUCUCAUCUUGAUCCCUGCUAUUGUAAUUAAAAUUCUGCUGACUUCCUUCCCCGAUGUAUUUCCCAUCUCUCAUCUGCUGCCCUACACUCACGUGCGUGAGAACUGAGACGGUGAAUGAAAAUCAGUCCCUCACGAUUACGAUACCUUGUGCCUAAAGAACCUCAUGGUUCUGCCCCCAACUCAAGUAGCAAGUCCUGGCUCAGAGAGAAGAGUGGGAUUUUCAAAGGAGGCAAACGGGAAAUUAAGGAGGGAUUUUCCAAACUGUCUAAGUGAUUUAGGAGCACAAAUCCUAUUGAAAAUCAAGUCAUUGAGGCCCAGCUCCUCAAAAGGUAUCUAGGUACCUAACUCAUUGAUUUCAGUGGAAGUUAGGUGCCUAAAUACUAUAAAGGGUCUGGGCCUUAGGCACUUAGGAAAAUUUCACCACUUACUCCCUUAGUUGUCUUGGAAAACCGCAUCUUAAGAGUGCAUUGUAUCCAGGGGCCUUAAAGGUGCUACAACCUUUUGCUACAGCCACUCAAUGAAGUAUUUACAAAUGUGAUACGAUUCUAUUUGCAGUGUUGCUGUUGCUGUGUAGGUCCCAGGGUAUGAGAGAGACAAGUUGAGUAAGGUGCUCUCUGUUAUCGGACCAACUUCUAUUGGUGAGAGAGACAAGCUUUUGAGCUUACACAGAGCUCUUCUUCAGGUCUGAAGCUCAAAAGUUUGUCGCUUUCACCAACAGAAGUAGGGUCGGUAACAGAUAGUACCUCAUCCAAGUUGUGUCUCUCUAACAGGAUUAUAUUGUUGCUUGAUUGGUCAAUUCUUUUCUUUUCUCCCCAUCUGUAUUUUGUGUUUAAAGUUCUCCUUCUUCCUCUCCGCUUUUUUUGUGUUCCUUUCGGAAAACAAUCUGCACUGAUUUUUAUGUAAAAUAAACCUCCCACGUGUACAGACUCUGGGACAUUGCUCCAAUCUGUUGCAGCUCUGUUUACUUUGAUUGAUUUUAAGGCUGUGACAAAAAAAAUAAAAUAAAAUGAAAAUUUAAAAACA